AUGAACGAACGACCAGAUCCGGACUUCCAACCGCAACACCUGCCGGAUGAGAUCGCGUACGAUGAAGACGAUGCCGACCGGGUCCAGCGUAGGCUGUCCACCAGUACCGUGGGCAGUCGCAGUCGGCGCGAGGGCUACUACGAUUCGCAGCGCAUCAGCAGCCGGCGCUCAAGACCAAUUUCCGGGGAAAGCCAGACGAGCUAUUCCUAUUCUUCCAAGUCUACCAAGUCUCGAGGCAAGCAACGUGCAAGCAAUCAACAGUCCGCCGACUAUUCCUUUGUAGAUGUGCAUGUAGACCAUGUCCCGCCGCCUGUACCGACACCAGCCAAGGCAGAUUCGUCACACCUCGAGGAUGAGCGUGGUCCCGUGAAAAGUCACGACCCUGGUACUGGUCUGGUCCCGCACGUCAGGAACUUCAGUCAGCCUUAUACCAUGCGGAGGAGAGGCAGUAGGGCCAAUAGUCGUGACAUGAAUCUAUCAGAAGUUGCAGCUCUGCCGCCCGUACCUACAAAUCAUCGCUCUUCUGCCAACAUGGGCCCGCCUCCCGAGAACGAGAAGCAGGAUACCAGCGGCGAUACGGAGCCAGGAAAUAAAUCACAGUCUGAAAGCGAGCGACCAUACUCACGGCGGCAUCCUCAAGAACUGGAGAAGCCCCAGCCACCGGUGCCGCGAUGGCUCAACGAACUGCACACAGUCUCAUACCUGAUCUUCUUCUCCGUACUUGGAACGUUGGCCCGACUUGGCGUGCAGUGGCUGACCUUCUACCCCGGCGCACCUGUAACAACGCCAGUGCUCUGGGCCAACGUGGGCGGCUCGUAUGUAAUGGGGUUCCUGUCGGAAGACCAGGGACUCUUCAGGGGCAGAGCUCACGAAGCAGCCUUGGCCGAGGACCAGACCGAUGAAACACCACUCGAUAGAGCCACAAUCACAAAACACAACAAGACCAUUCCACUAUACAUCGGACUCGCCACAGGCUUCUGCGGGAGCUUCACCUCUUUCUCAAGCUUCGCCAGAGACUUCUUCCUGGCGGCUUCGAAUAGCUUGCCAGCGCCGAUAUAUCACACGUACACUUCCCCAACAGGGGUAGUCGCUCCUUCACAGACAGUGAGCCGCGAUGGCGGGUACUCGCUGGAAGCAUAUGUUGCUGUGAUACUCGCUACAUUGGCACUAUGUCUCGGCGCUCUUAUCGUUGGCGCGCACACCGCCGUCAUGCUGGACCAUGUCACACCUGCGAUACCAACACGACUCGCACGCCGGAUCAUCGAUCCACUCUUCGUCUUUCUAGGCUUUGGCUGUUGGCUCGGCGCACUUUUUCUGGCGAUCUUUCCGCCCAGCGAGACGUGGCGAGGCGAGGUGCUGUUCGCUCUUGUUUUUGCUCCCUUGGGCGCCCUCCUGCGAUUUUACGCCAGUCUGAAACUCAAUGGGUUGGUAGCAGCGUUUCCUCUCGGCACCUUCGCCGUCAACAUGUUCGGCACAGCAGUCGAGGGAAUGUGCUACGACAUCCAGCACGUCGGCGUCGGGGUGAUGGGCGGUGCCAUCGGUGGUGGUCUAGUCGGCUGCCAGAUCCUGCAAGGCAUAAUGGACGGCUUCUGCGGCUGCUUGACAACGGUCAGUACCUGGGUGUCUGAAAUCAACAGUCUGAAGCGCAAGCAUGGUUAUUUGUACGCAUUAGCGAGCGUGGGUUGUGCCACCUGUCUCAUGGCGAUUAUCAUGGGCAGCGUGAGGUGGUCGAUUGGAUUUUCGGAGCCUGCUUGCAAUACUGGAUACCCCUCGAAGGUUCAUGGUUGA